AUGUCGUUACUAAAACCUCCUCCACUGCUUGUCGGCGUUCUCGUCCUCGUCUUCUUUGCCCGCCGGGUGCUCGCCUUUGGUGCCGGUAACAUUGCCAGCAUCUCCAAGGUCGAGGGCCAGAACUGGCGGCAUGGCGACAUCGAGGACGCCCUGCUGCAGCUGCUCAUGGCCCGUGCCGUGGGCGGCAAGAAGUUCGACAAGCUCGCUGUCAUGCGCGUGUACUUUGGCAACUGGCUCCGCGACUACAGCCAGGCCAUUGACGUCGGUACCGUCAAGUCCGUCUCGGCCGAGGCCAUUCGCCUGCUGCUCUGCGUCCUGGGCUUCCUGACGUUUGGCUAUGGCUCCCGCGAAUUCGAGGUCACCGCCGAGCGCCUGGGCACCUACCGCCCCGAAGACCACAUCGACAACCCCAAGAACUACGCCGACAACCUCGACGCCCGCCGCUACGACCCGCGCCUCCGCGGCCCCGUGGACGAGCGUGUCGAGCUCGCCAUCGACCCCGACUCGGGCAUGAAGAACUACAUUGCCAACGAGCGUGCUGGCAUCAUGACCAGCGCCUACCACGUCCGUCAGCUCUUUGGCAAGUGCAUCGAUCUCGGCCGCUCGUACCGCCACAGCAAGCGCAAGGAGGACCUGUACGAGGCUCUGCGCCUCAUGGGCACCGGCCUGCACUGCCUCGAGGAUUUCCUGGCGCACAGCAACUACACGGAACUAGCGCUGAUUGAGAUGGGCGAGACCAACGUCUUCCCGCACGUCGGCCGCAGCACACGCAUCCGCCUCCGGGGCGCCGACCACAGCGUCUACCCCGUCGUGACGGGCACCUUUGGCGGCGUGGAUUUCCUGCACUCCGUGACCGGCGAGGUGUCCGACAAGCUGACCCAGAACGAGAUUCAGGAGCUUGAGGGCACCCUGCAGAGCAGCCAGAACACGGACACCAGCAUGCUCGCCAGCGUGCUGGACAUGAUCCCGGACGGCAUCUUCGGCGGCGGCAACAAGAAGGACAAGAUGCACGACAUUCAGGCCAACGCCGCGGCCGCGCAGAUGCAGGAGAUGAGCGUCUCGCCGCGCCGGCCGGAGGAGUACACGGUGUACAUUAAGAACAUUUUCGCGCAGAUCAUGCCCGCCAUCCAGUUCCACGACGAGAUCCUCCAGCAGAUCACCGAGGCCAUUGAGAAGAUCCCCGUGCUCCCGCAGCUGGUGGAGCAGCUCGAGGACCAGCUGUCCAUCUUUGUCUUCUCGGUCAUUGCGCCGUUUGUCGUGCCCGUCAUCCAGCAGAUCCAAGCCGAGCUCGCCACGGGCUCGUCGGAGAUUAUCCAGAGCAGCAAGAACGAGCAGCUGGUUGUGUUCAACGACAACGAGAGCACCGACCCGACGCACUCGAUGCUGUCCAAGGACCACUUUAGCAACAUCCUCAACGAGAUUGCCGGCCGCACGGCCAGCAAGGUGGUCACGUGGGUCGUCCCGCAGCUCAUGCAAGCCUGGGACGACGACCGUGUCGACAUUGGCCGCACGCUCAACCGCAUCAUCUACGGCGUGCUGCACCACCCGGCCCAGCGCGGCAUGGGCGACGACGGCGCCCGCGACUGCCGCACCCUCAUGUUCCGCAGCGUCGAGGAGUGGUGGCAGAGCAUGCCCGACGAGCAGCGCGACGAGUACCGCGAGAAGCUGUCGCGCGAGGGCGUCGAGCGCGGCGACAAUCACAAGGAGGGUGUGCACGACACCGGCCACGGCUGUGGCAAGCCGCUCACGAUGCAGAAGAACAUUACUGGCUUCGGGCCGUCUGGCGGCGGCGGCGGACUGCCAAACGAGCUCAUGGGCGCAGCGGCCGGUGCCCUGUUCGGCGGUGCGGCGAGCAGCUUUGCUGGUGGUGGUGGUGGUGGUGGCAACAACUACACCAGCUCGGGCGGCGGCGGCAAUCUUUUAGGCGAGAUUGGCAACCUCAUGGGCGGCGGCGGCGGCGGCGGUGGAGGUGGUGGUGGUGGUGUAGGCGGCCUCGGCAGCGGCGGAGCAGCUGGCCUAGGCGGUCUUCUCGGCGCGGCUGGCUCGCUCCUCGGCUCCGGCUUCCAGGAAUCCACGCGGCCCACUGUCACCAGUUCCCAGUACGAGGCCGACGGCGGCUACAGCCAGACGUACACGCAGUACGGUCGUAACCAGGAGGGUGACCGCUACGCCCAGGCCGAGUUCAAGCGCACCGAGUACCCCGACGGCGAGGAGCGCACCGACUACCGCCGCUACGAGCAGGACGAGUUUGGCGGGCGUGGCCAGCGCCCCACGGGUUUUGCCUACGAGGAGCGCACCGACACGCGGCCGACGUACGGCGGCGGCUAUGAACAACGCAUCGAGGAGCGGCGGUGGGAGGGCGGCGGUGACAAUGGCGGCGGCCGCUGGCAAGAGGAGCGCCGCGAGGAGUAUAAUGAGCGCCGCCAAGAGCGCUUCGAGGAGCGUCGCGAAGAGAGCGGCGGAUGGGGCGGUGAGGGCGACCGUCGUCGCCCCGGUGGCUACGGCGAGGAGCGUGAGGAGUAUGGCGGCAGUGGCGGCGGCGGCGGUGGAUGGGGUGGCGGACGCGAGGAGCGCCGCGGCGAGUAUGAAGGCGGCGGCGGCCGCCAGGGCUACGAGGACGAGAGUGGUGGUGGUGGUGGCCUCGGCGGAUUCGUGAGCGGCAUUGUGCGGGAUGCGCAGGAGGCCUUUGAGGACGAGAACGGGGGUCGCCGCAACGAGAGACGCGAGGAGGGUGGCUGGGGCUUCUAA